GGCUGGCGGCUUGGGGCCCGGCCGGGCGGUUCCCGUCUGCCCCGAGUGACAGUCGGAAGUGGCGGCGAGGCUCGGUUCGCCCCGCGACUCGGGAGUGCCGAGCGCCCUGGGAAAGUCGGCGGGAAUGCGACCAGGCCGGAGCCUGUGUCCUAAAGCGGCGCUCAGCCAGCGCAGCGCGGGUCCGACACUUGGGUUUUUGAGACUCUGAGCGGUUUAAUGAUAAACUUGUGCUGAUUCAGAAGUCUUGGGUGCAGUGCACAAGCCUUGUGGGCCACGGCAGCAGCACUGACCAGCAUCCACGACUGCUGUCGACGUGACGCAACAGAAGUGCAUUCCUGAAGAGGCUUCAUGUGCCUGGAGGAGAAAUACUAUUCUUGAUUCUUGCGCCCAAAAAUUGAAAUCUACCACUGAAAUCAACAGAAAUGAUAAAGUUUUUUCUUAUGGUUAACAAACAAGGUCAGACAAGACUGUCCAGAUAUUAUGAGCAUGUAGAAAUUAAUAAACGGACAAUGCUGGAAGCUGAAGUAAUCAAAAACUGUCUCUCCCGUUCAAAGGAUGAGUGCUCUUUCAUUGAGUAUAAGGACUUCAAGCUGGUGUACCGACAGUAUGCAGCCCUUUUCAUAGUUGUUGGCAUUGACCAGACAGAGAAUGAGAUGGCAGUAUAUGAACUAAUUCACAAUUUUGUGGAAGUUUUGGACAAAUACUUCAGCAGAGUGAGUGAAUUAGAUAUCAUGUUCAAUUUGGACAGAGUCCACAUAAUUUUGGAUGAAAUGGUGCUAAAUGGUUGCAUCGUGGAAACGAAUCGGAACAGAAUUCUCGCCCCUCUGUUUGUGCUUGACAAAGUGGCAGAAAGCUAGGAAGAUGCAAGCAUGACUAAGGCAUUUUACAAAAGAUGAAAUAAGCAUCAAGAAUGUGCCUAUAGCAGUUUUCUGCUGUUGCAAGACUGACUCAUGCAACCUUCAAAUUAGUUGGAAAAUAUUUUCCAUUUCUCUUAUACUCUGUGUAUGUUUCUCAAUGGGAAAGAUACAGCUAAACAUGUGGAUGCAUUCAGAUGCAGCUUCACUGACCCAGCAGAAAUUUUCCUAGAAUGGUCAAUAAUUUUAAAACAUUUGAGGAUGAAGAAACGGAAACUUACCAUGAGUGACUAGGUAUUACUUUGAAUUAUGCAGUAUCAUGCCAGACCUAGAAGACAAAAACCAAAGAAAUAUAAAUUCAAAUUGAGUUUCAUUCCUUCCCUUAAGCAUCAACUGGAUUUAUUUUCAUACAAAUUUAUUGUUAAUAAUGGUUCUGUGAUUUUUAUGCCCACUUCUAAACUAUAUUUAUCCAUCAAAAAGCUGGUUUCCCUCCCUUUGACAUCCAAGUCAUGGACACAAAAAGAAAAGUACAGAUGUAGUAAAUAUUUUUGCAAACUUUGCAAGUUAUAACUGGAAUUACUUAGCACUUAAAUAUUAUAAUAUUAAUAAAAGAUAAUUAAAAUCAGAA